AUGGCUCUUGCAUCUUUCGACGGCGACUUUAGUUUUUCUCAGGAGUCCAUUGCACGCCUGGGUGACCGGGCCGGAUCUUCAAAGCUCACCGAGGAGCAGCAGAAGCAGCUGAAGCAGAGCAAAGCGUUUCAGGCACAGUUGCGCCUUGAAGAGCUGUUGAAGGAGUACACCGAAGAACGUGACAAGAAGCGGGUCACGCUAGAUCAGUCCUUCACACCAGAUGACGCCGACUUCGCUGCAGCGAAAGCCUAUGACUACGAUCGAAGCGUCAACUACUAUGAGAUUCUUGGGAUAGAUGAGUACGCCCCUCUGGACGAAGUCAACCGCGCCUACAAGCGCCUCUCCCUGGUCUAUCAUCCUGACAAGACGAAGGGAAUGACUGCUCAACAGCAAGAGGACUAUGCUACCAUCUUCAUCUCAGUGAAGAAUGCUCACUUGGUGCUAGGGGAUCAGCCUACUCGAAGGCAGUAUGACAAGGACCGCGAUCAAGACAAGGCUAAGGAGGUCGUCAGUGGAGUGAAGGCUCCUUCGUCACAGCAUGUCGAUCUCACGGAGGUUUUGAAACGCAUCAGCGAGAUGCAGAGGCCGCCUGGCAAGGUAGUUGAGGUUCCAGUCGAAAUAGAGCUGGAGCAGUUCUUCUACGGAACCUACAAGGCCAUUCCCCGAGAGAGACGCGUCAAAGAUUUCUACGCGGGCAUGAUCAACCAGGAAGUUUUGGCAUACUAG